AUGGCGGCAGUUGAGAUCGUUUAUGGAUCAAACGAUAACAAUGAUGAAAAUGCACAUCGCACUUUGGUUGCUGAGCGAAAGUAUUAUAACGAAAAACACCCAAACAAGUUUGGCAAUGACAUCGGAUUGAUUAAAGUUGCGUCAGAAAUAAUGUUUAAUGAUAAAGUUGGAGUCAUUACAUAUUCGAAAGAAAUUAUGCCAGAAACACAGGAAAAACUUAAAUUUACCGGAUGGGGUUGGACAAAUGACAACGAUCAAAUGCCAGAGAGACAAAGCAACCUGCAAAUGAUCGAUCUUACGCCCAUUUCCAAUGCUGAAUGCAAAAAAAUACUUGGUGACAAUAUUGAUGAAUCUCAUUUAUGCACAUUGAAUAAGAAAGGCGAAGGCAUUUGCUAUGGUGACUCUGGCAGCCCAUUAACCUCGAAAGAUGCGGAAAACGAAUAUGUAUUGGUUGGAAUAGCCAAUUUUGCAUCACCGUGUUCGCCAGAUUGUCGCCAAUUGCUGCAGACUACCCUAACCUCAACACGAAAACCGCUCUCAAUUGCACAAGAAGUUCGUAUUGUAAGUAUUAAAUUCGGUAUUGACAUUGUAGAAGUUGGAUACAUUUAA